AUCCUAGAGGCCAUCGAUGAUGUGAGACCGCCCGUACCAAGUCAGUCGCACUCCAAAGCGAUGAAUUCAAGUGGGCCCUCUGGAAAAAUAAAUUCCUACGAGACGAAAGUGGCUCCUAAAUCCAAAAGUUGCGACUUGUGCAACAAGGAAAACCAUCAUGACGUGUGUGUCCGCGGUUCCUCCAAAUGUCGGUUGACGACCGGUCAGCCUACAUUAAACGGAAGCAGUUAUGCUUAAACUGCUUUGCAAAGGGACAUCAGCUUCGUGAGUGCAAAAGCACGCACAAUUGUUUUACUUGCCGUUGCCGGCAUCACACGUUGUUGCACCGAAACAACCCCUUUUCCAGCAAUUAAAGUCCGUCAAAUCCUGCAAGGCCAAUUUCUGCUAAUCAAGUCAAUUUCGUUCCUAGUGAGCAAGCCGGUGUUCAAAAUUACUUCGCCACGCGCUCAAGAGCUAUCCUUCUUGGCACUGCCUUGAUCAAUAUUUUCCAUUUGGGCACUAACUUUAAGGCACGCGCCCUGAUCGACUCCGGAUCAGAGGCAACAUUCAAAACCGAGCGACUGUUCAAUCUAAUUAGACUGCCAUUCCAGGUGGUUCAAGCCCAAGUCUUAGGCUUAAGCCAAACAGUAGCAGCGCAGUCCAAGAAGCUCUGCAGUUUCACCAUCCGAUCUCCGACUAGGCCCGCGUUGCAGUUGGAGACGACGGCCUAUGUCCUCCCUCAACUAGCCGGAAAUCUGCCUUCCUACCCAAUUCCGCAAAAUUUCCUUCGGGAUCUUCCCGAUUUUCCACUGGCGGAUCCAAAAUUCUAUGAGAGCGCACAAAUAUAUGUCCUUACCGGAGCCGACAUUCUGCCUUCGGUGCUUCUGAGUGGAGCAAAUACCAACAUCUGUGGCUCCCUCUUGGAGCAAGGGACCAUUUUCGGCUGGGUACUAACUGGGCCAGUGUCAGCCUCAGCACAAAGCAGAAUUUCUUCCUUUUCGACGCAGAUCUCCCACGCGUACGAUAAUUCACUUGACAAACUACUCACAAAAUUUUGGGAGGUGGAGAAUAUACCAAUAAAGUUGGUAAAAGAAUCCGAUUCCAUGUGCGAGAAGAAUUUCCUUCAAACGACCACGAGAGACGAGUGUGGCAAAUAUGUCGUUACUCUGCCUUUUCGCGACCCAAAACAUAUCGGUUCCGGGAAUGGGCAUUCCAGGUCUUUCGCGUUGGCUCAGUUUUUAAGAAAUGAGCAGCGUCUAAAAAAAAAUGAGGCCUUAAAGGCGAGAUACGAUUCGGUGAUCCAGGAAUAUCUCGACUUAAAGCACAUGCGUCAAGUUCUUCCUACCCAUGAUGGACACGCCUAUUAUAUUCCACAUCACGGAGUCUUAAAACCGGAGAGCGUAACUACUAAACUCCGUGAAGUAUUCAAUGCUUCCAGCCCUUCAUCCAAUGGUACCAGUUUAAAUGCUAUCCUUCAUGCUGGCCCUGUCUUACAGUCCGACCUGACCAUUCAAAUUCUGAAGUGGCGCUAUUUCCGAUACGUGUUUAGCGCCGAUAUCGUAAAAAUGCAUCGGCAGAUCUGGGUAGAUCCGAAGCACACUCCAUUCCAACGAAUACUUUUCCGAUAUACUAGAGGGGAAAUCAGAAAUUUCGAAUUGAAAACAGUAAUCUUUGGAGUCAAUUGCGCGCCUUUCCCGCCCAUGCGAGUACUGCAGCAGCUAGCAGCUGACGUAGACCUCAGUCAUCCAAAAGCUAGCAAUAUCAUACAAAAUUUCAUGAAUGUGGACGAUGUUCUAGCCGGAGCGGACUCUACGGAAGAAGCUCAGCUCAUGGUGCAAGAGCUCCAAGACGCUCUGAAUUCCGCCGGAUUCCCAUUGAGGAAAUGGACCUCCAACCAAAAGGAAGUUUUAGCGGCCAUUCAGAGCGACCAACUCUUAAAUACAGAUUUUUCGAGAUCAAUGCAAAAAGCACUGCCAAAACCCUCGGUAUUCGGUAGAAGGUAACCUCCGACGAAUUCUUCUUCGAUCCGCCAGAGUUGGCUAUUUAAACGUCCUUCACAAAACGCCAAGUCCUGUCCCAAAUUGUUCGACCCUGCAGGCUCGAUAGCGCCGUUUACCGUUCGAGCUAAAAUUUUCAUGCAGGAGAUUUGGCUACUGGAGCUUGGGUGGGACGAAGACAUUCCAAAUGAGCUUUUCCAACGAUGGCUUAAUUUUCUCCAAAGUAAUUUAUUUGUUUUUAGAGCAGAUACGCAUUCCACGCUGGUUCUCGUUUCAUCAAGAUUUCAAGGUCGAACAUCAUGGCUUUUGUGAUGCAUCGCAAAAGGCUUAUGGGGCGGCAAUAUAUGUCCGCGUAGAAGUGGGCAGCACCAUUAUGGUGAAACUUCUAACCGCGAAGACCCGGGUAGCACCAGCAAAAACGGUUUCGCUCCCAAGACUGGAGCUGUGCGGAGCGUUAUUGCUUUCCGAAAUGGCUGCAGCCAUCAUUCCACAAAUGCCUACGAUCAAUUCCGAACUUUACUGCUGGCCUCCACAAUAGUGCUUGCAUGGUUAAGCAAGCCAGCAGGUCCACUGGCACGGACCACAUUUGUAGCCAAUAGGGUGACGAAGAUCGCCCAGGCCACAAAAACAGAAAAUUCGUCUCAUGUUCAAUCUGAGCAAUAUCCAGCAGACCUUGCAAGUAGAGGAGUUUCCCUCCAAGAUCUAGCCGAUAGCCUGUUAUGUGGGCACGGACCGACUUGGUUGCAAAAUCCACGCAACCAAUGGCCAACUCACAUCGACAACGCUCCAGUUACCGAUCUGGAGAAGCGUGCUCUGAAAGUCCAUCUCGCAAAAGCUCCUUCUGAAGAGUUGUUGGAACGUUCUUCCAAGCUUGAGAAAGCACUACGCUUUAUACAGCGGUACAGGAAGCAGACAUCUCCAUCUGUUGUGCAUUUGUUGAAAUUUGCUGAAAUCGCCGCCGCCGAGCGGUUCCUAAUUUCGAACACUCAGCGCAGAGAAUAUCACUGUCUAAGUGAAAAGCGUCCAGUACCAAGUUCCAGUUCCAUCCAAAGUAUGAACUCUUUUCUAGAUCCGCAAGGACUGAUCAGGGCGUGCGGCCGUGUGGCGGCUUCCGAAAGCCUUCAAUACAAUGAACGGCAUCCAGUGAUUCUUCCGUAUAACUGCCUGCUUUCGCGCCUCCUUGCAAAUAUCACACAUCGCCUAACUCUCCAUGGUGGUAACCAGUUAAUGGUGCGCCGCAUCCGGUCGAAUUACUGGAUUCCGAGAAUUAAGAACCUGAUGAAAGCAGUAGUAAAUUUGUGCAAGGUAUGUGUGAUCCACAAAAAGCGGUUGCAAAGCCAACUAAUGGGUUUCCUGCCCAAAAAAAGGGCAUCGUUCUCCCGACCAUUCACGUAUACUGACAUGGAUUACGCCGGUCCGUUCGAUAUAAAGAACUAUACGGGAAGAGAAAAACAUGCUCACAAGGGGUAUGUGUUAGGUUUGAUUGUUUCUCCACCAAGGCCAUCCAUUUCAAGCCUACAUCUGACUUAACGACAGAAAAGUUUCUUGCCGCUUUCGCUCGUUUUGUAUCCAGAAUAGGGUGUCCACGUCAAGUCCAGUCGGACAAUGGCAAAACCUUUGUUGGCGCUGCCACCCUGCUUUCCCGCGAUUUCCUUCAGGCCGUAAACGAGUCGGUGACGAAUGCCUAUAGUCAUCAAGAGAUGCAAUGACAAUUUAUUGCCAUUAUAUGGCAAACCAUAUGGGAGGCCUUUGGGAAGCAGGCGUAAAAAGUUUUCAGACACUAUUUUACAAAUGCACUGCCACACGAAAAUACACGUUCGAAGAGCUCUCCACGCUCUUGGAAAAAAUAGAAGCGUGCCUUAACUCCAGGCCGCUCUCUCUUAUGUCUGAGGAUCCGACGACAGAUUUGCUAGCCCUGACGCCAGGUCAUUUCCUUGUCGGGGGACCCCUUAUGUCUACGGAGGAACCCGAAGUAAAGGGAGAAACGAAAUCCAUUCAAAAUCGGUGGCAGCAUUUGAAGGCGCUCCAUCUGCAGUUCCGUGUGCGACGGAAAGAAGAGUACCCCGACUAAAAAUCUUCGCAUCGAUGACAUGGUCGUCAUCAAGUACGACAACUUACCCUCUAAUGAGUGGCGGCUCGGCAGAAUUGAGUCUGUCUUUCCAGGAGCCGAUGGCAACGUCCGUGUAGUAAAUAUCCGUACUGCACGUGGAGUUGUUAAACGUCCAGUGGCAAAAGUGGUGCUUUUGCCGACGGAGUCUUCCGAAUCUCCACAAUAAAUAGGCACGCCUCUCUUCCUAAUUGUAGUUUACUAGCACUAAUCAUCCAUUCUUAUUCAUUUCGUUUUCGAUCUCCUUUCGCCAUUCAGCUACCCGCAGCAUGACCCCUCGUCAACAAAACGCACGCAGUGCUCGUGCCUUGGAGAGCAUACGUACCCGAGGUAUUUAAUCCUACCGUUGCCGAGUCUACCGCGGUAUCCAUCCUCUUAGGAAGUGCGCGAGGUUCCUAAAGAUCAUCCCACAGGAGACUGCCGAAGCGGUGAUCGUUGCAGGAAAUGCGACCGAUCCCACCACACGCUGCUCCACAUGCACGAGCAGGUUAGCUCGUCGUCGCGGUCGAAAGCGCGCUCCCGUCUCAGAUCGAGCCCAGUGUGCGGAUCCGCACACCUGUCCGGGCAUUGAGCGACACAGUGGUGUCCAAGUUUCAGGACAUCAUGCUGGCUGAUGACCUGUUCCAUCGGCCUGCUACCGUGUCCUGGGAGCAGACGUUUAUCAAAAGGUUAUCAAAUCCGGAUUCCUGACCUUCGACGAGGGAAUGCCGAUCGCCCAGAAAACAGUUUUUGGGUGGAUCGGGUUCGGUGCCUGCAGCAUGCCGUAGGAUGGAUAUGUUGCAACCCCAGUGAUUGCAAGGGGGGCGGAAUGUCCAAGUUACGGGGCGAGGACUGUCACCCGCUCCCUCUCACUCUCACGAUCUUCACCACAGAAUCUCCAACUCUACUCUCCCUGAGGCAGCUUAAAUUGGAGUCUCCGCUGCGCUCGGGAGAGCUUAGAAUAAGAAUAAGCAUAAGUGUCUAAUGGGUAUAAUAAAUAUCGAAUAAACAUUACUCCCGAUAGCGCCCGCGCAAUUACUAAAAGUAAAGGUUUCGCCUGUUCGAGUCUUUCUAUUUCAGCAUAUUUGGAAAAUUCCAGGCCAGCCAACACCAUCAUCCCAACACAUAUUACAAGAGAAUAUAAAAUAAAUAAACGCAAAAUUCGUACUUCGUAUAUUUAUUGAAGGGUCUGCAGUAUUUGCUAUGGUCUCUUAAAUUCGGUCGUUUGCUUUAAAAAGGCGAUAAUAAUAAUAAGCGAUCGAAAAAACUUAUUGCAGAUUAACCAACAAAUAAAGUUACCAAAACAAAACAUAAGCUCAAAAAAGCUAGUUAUCAAUUUGCAAAAAAAACAAGAGAGAACGCUAUAGUCGAGUUCCCCGACUAUCUAAUACCCGUUAUUCACACUG